CCCGAGUCCCCGGCGGACCCCGCACGCAUGCCUGCCCGGGCGGGCGGGGCGGGGCCCGCGCGGCGCGGCCAUGAAGCUCAAGCUGAAGAACGUGUUUCUCGUCUACUUCCUGGUGUCCAUCGCCGGCCUCCUCUACGCGCUGGUGCAGCUCGGCCAGCCAUGUGACUGCCUCACUCCUCUGCGGGCUGCUGCUGAGCAGCUUCGGCAAAAGGAUGUGAAGAUCUCCCAGCUGGAAACCGACCUCCGACGCCCCGCUCCAGUCCCGGCCCAGCCCCCUGAGCCUGAGGCCCUGCCUACUAUUUAUGUCAUUACUCCCACCUACUCCAGGCUGGUACAGAAGGCUGAGCUGGUACGCCUGUCCCAAACCCUGAGCCUGGUGCCCCGACUACAUUGGCUGUUGGUGGAAGACGCUGAGGGCCCCUCGGCCCUGGUCUCAGGCCUGCUGGCUGCCUCUGGUCUCCUCUUCACACACCUGGUAGUCCUCACCCCCAAAACCCAGCGACUCCGGGAGGGCGAGCCAGGCUGGCUGCGGCCCCGAGGGGUGGAACAGCGGAACAGGGCCCUGGACUGGCUCCGGAGAGGAGGGGGUGCUGUAGGUGGAGAGAAGGUUCCUCCUGCCCCCGGGACCCGAGGUGUGGUGUACUUUGCAGAUGAUGACAACACCUACAGCCGGGAACUCUUCGAGGAGAUGCGCUGGACCCGUGGUGUGUCGGCGUGGCCCGUGGGGCUGGUAGGUGGCCUGCGGUUUGAGGGCCCCCGGGUCCAGGACGGCCGGGUGGUGGGUUUCCACACGGCCUGGGAGCCCACCCGGCCCUUCCCCGUGGACAUGGCAGGCUUUGCUGUCGCUCUGCCAUUGCUUUUGGCCAAGCCCAAUGCCCAGUUCGAUGCCACCGCUCCCCGGGGCCACUUGGAGAGCAGCCUCCUGAGCCACCUGGUGGACCCCAAAGACCUGGAGCCUCGAGCUGCCAACUGCACUCGGGUUCUGGUGUGGCAUACGCGCACGGAGAAGCCCAAGAUGAAGCAAGAAGAGCAGCUGCAGAGGCAGGGCCGAGGCUCAGAUCCGGCUGUCGAGGUGUGACCAUGGCGCCACCCACUGACUGCCACCACCACCUCCUCUGGCACAGGCCAUGUGGGCCCCAGCCCCUGGCUGGCUGCUCUGGAAUACUGUGCCCAACUGACCCCUUAGUGCCAGGGAGCUCCCCGCCUCGCUCGCCCCUCCCUCUGUACCCUCCAGGGCCAUGUGGUCGUGCCACAGGCCGGGGACAAGAGGCCCCAUUGAGUAUUGAGUCCUGUCUGCCCACUUGGGGCGGGCAGAAGGAAGGAUGGAUGGACAGACUCAGGGCGGGCAGCUGGGUCACUGGGUAACUUAUUGGGGCUGGGCAUGCACUGGGGGGCUGGAGGAAUUGGGCUGGACCCUCCCCACCUGAGCAUGCUGCCCCCCACUCCGAAUAAAUAAGUCUCCACCCCAGA